AGCACUUCUCCAGCGCUGACUCUUUUCCAGCUGAUUUCUGAUUUCUCGUUUUUAAGGAACACCGCGUCACCUCUGCAAUCUGGACUUGGAUGAGCUUUCCGAUGAGAGAUCCAGUUUUUCAAGGAUCCAGUAUGGCAUAUCACCCAUUUUUACCUCACCGGAGUCCGGAGUUUGCCAUGAGCGCGAUGCUGGGUCACCAGCCGCCCUUCUUCCCGGCCCUGGCACUGCCACCCUCGGGCUCGCUGGCGCUGGGCAAGCCGAUCAUGGAGCAGCUGAUGACCGCAGAGACCGGCCUCCACUUCUCCUCUCUGGGACACCAGGCCUCGCAUCUCCGGCCUCUGAAGACACUCGAGCCCGAGGAGGAGGUGGACGACGACCCGAAAGUGCACCUGGAAGCCAAGGAACUCUGGGAUCUGUUUCACAAGCGCGGCACAGAAAUGGUCAUCACGAAAUCUGGAAGGCGAAUGUUCCCUCCGUUUAAAGUCAGAUGCUCGGGGUUGGACAAAAAGGCCAAAUAUAUUCUGUUGAUGGAUAUUGUUGCGGCUGACGACUGCAGGUAUAAGUUUCAUAACUCUCGCUGGAUGGUGGCAGGAAAAGCUGACCCCGAAAUGCCAAAACGCAUGUACAUUCACCCCGACAGUCCGGCCACUGGAGAGCAAUGGAUGUCUAAAGUCGUCAAUUUCCACAAACUUAAACUGACGAAUAACAUCUCCGACAAGCAUGGAUUUACGAUACUAAACUCCAUGCACAAAUACCAGCCGAGAUUUCACAUUGUGAGAGCCAACGAUAUCCUGAAGCUCCCGUACAGCACGUUCAGAACAUACGUGUUCCCCGAGACGGACUUCAUCGCUGUCACUGCCUACCAGAACGACAAGAUCACACAACUGAAAAUUGAUCACAAUCCUUUUGCAAAAGGGUUUCGUGACACUGGAAAUGGGAGACGCGAAAAAAGAAAACAGCUGGCUCUGCAGUCGAUGCGUUCCUACGAGGAGCAGCAGAAGAAGGAGAACGGCACGUCCGACGAUUCCUCCGGAGAACAAGCGUCCUUCAAAUGCUUUCGCCAGGACUCUUCUCCUGCGGUCUCCACUGUUGGACAGAACAACUUAAAAGACUUUUGUGACAGCGAUGAAGACAGUGAUGACGAAGACAAAGAUGGGAACGUGAAAGACGUGCCAGACUCGAGUAAAAUCUCCACCACGACUGAGGACUCGAAGGACCCCGAUGCGAGUUUAAGCAAAGGUGUGUUUGGGGAAAGUGAGAGGACUGGGAAAGAGAGUCCCGUCACGCUGAUCUCGAGCACCACUCGGUCCGGGGACGAGCUCAAGAGUCCGACAGCCCGAGAACAGGCCAAAGCCGACGAAUCCCGGACAGCCAGCAAAGAAAACUACAUGCCAUUGACUGCCCAAACAGAUGGCGCCGCGCACUUGAAUCAAAACCACUUGCACAGUUUCGGAUUUCCGCAGGGUUUGGCCGGGCAGCAGUUUUUCAAUCACUUGGGCGGUUCAAUGACCCAUCCCUUCCUCUUACACCCGGGCCAGUUCAGCAUGGGAGGCGCGUUCUCCAGCAUGGCCGCGGGGAUGGGCCCGCUACUGGCCGCGGUGUCCUCGGGAGGGGUCAGUGCGAUGGACCCCGCGAGCAUGUCUUCACCCACGGGCCCCCCGAUGCCCUUCCACCUGCAGCAGCACGUGCUCGCCACUCAGGGUUUGGCUAUGUCCCCGUUCGGAGGUCUGUUCCCGUACCCGUACACAUAUAUGGCCGCCGCGGCCGCUGCUCAGUCCUCCUCCUCGGUUCACCGGCACCCGUUCCUGAACGCGGUUCGGCCCCGGUUACGGUACAGCCCGUACUCUCUCGCGGGCGUCCCCGACAGCACUCUCCUCACGACGGCCAUCCCAGCCAUGGCGAGCGGUACCGUGGACCCGAAGAACUCGAGCCUGGACUCCGAGGUCACCAGCCGCUCGCCCGGUUCACCGAAACCCUGCGGAGACCGGGACUCGAGCACCGAGUUACAGAGCAUCCAGCGACUGGUCAGCGGACUCGAGUCCAAACCGGACCGCGCUCGCAGUGUCUCUCCGUAGACCCACCCGUUCCCGUUCCCGUUCACAACACGGACCUGCAUCGGAGAAUCACGCUUAGACUCUAAAUGCACUUUGGUGAAAGUAAAACAAACACGUGACAUGUUCUUUUGUUAAAUUAAAACAGUAACUUUGGCUGAAUCCGAAAUCACACCCCAAACCCUCAUCACUAUUCCCCACUAAUACUGUUCACUUGAAGGAGUGAAUGAAACGAGUGAGUGAACUCGGACAUAAGCUCGUUAUUGCAGUGCACUGUGGGAUUGAAUACGUGCACUCAAUAGUCAAGUCAAGUCACCUUC